UGGGUCACAUGACAUGUCCAUACGGAAGAAGUGGUGCCAUGGAACACGGGGGUGUUUGCAGGGAUCCCUCCAACAUGGGCGACUUCUUCAACAGUUUAACAGAUGCAUACAGAUGUUUUGUCAACGGAACAUGUCCCAAACAAAGCGCUGCGGAUUUAGCGAGUGUGAUAUUUUCCGCGGUGUCUGUACAAGUGUCCGCUGAACUCAGAGAGUAUGAUACCGCCUCUGAGUAUAGCAGUGUGAACAGUUGUGAAGUGACCUGCAUGAGUGUGACUCUGGUGGAGAAGAUGAGCUCCGGUAUAACGUCUCAGAGUCUGUCUCCACAAGUUACGUUGUAUUGCGCAGAGGUUCUGAAGGUUUUGUUUGGAGACAUGGAUCUCAUGUCACACCUUGUUUUUCAGUUCCAAGUGGAGGACCAGUUUAUCUCACAUCUGGCUGCUAAGACUGUAGCAGCCCUAGUUUUCUACCAUUUCCACAAAUAUGGAUUGGUCAGUCCUGUCUGGCAGGAGAAGUGUGUGCAGGCAUUUCACAGCUCACGCCCUGGGGCUGAAUUGGAUGCUUGUCUGUGGUCAGUGACUGAAGUCAUAAAAAAACUUCUCAGAGGAGCUCAUCAAGAGAUCCUUGGGAAACUUGUGACGGCUUUUGACUGUAGCCUUAGUGCUUUAUUCUCAAGGUUGCUCCCUGAAGAGAGAAAAUAUGUACCAGAUUUUACCAGCAACAAACACUGGGGAACAACAUUCUGCCUCCUCUUGGACCUGCUGGAGGUGUUGACUGCCUCCAGACUGAUGUGUGGAGCUGGUGCCUGUCUGAAGAGUCAGAGAAUAACCCACACUCAUUCCUCACGUCUUCUGACAGUGAUUAGCUGCUCCUCAGAGUAUUUUGUCAAAAAGAGGGCACUGCUGCUUCUGAAGAGGGCUUUACUUCAGAAGGUUGGAGAGGACUGGGCUUUAGGGGAACUCCUGGCCACUGGACUGAAAUGUGAGAACCUGAGCUCGGACAUGAGCGUACUGGUUCAGAGCGUGUUAACAGCAGUGGCAGAUAAUUGGUUACAAAGUGUUCAGGUGGAGCGUGCUGCUUUCUUUGGAGGCACCAGACACACUGAAGGAGCUGAAGACCAGAAACCAGACAGUGUGAUUCUGAGAGCUGUCAGCCUGAUUGUUCUCAAAUCCAUAGAGCUGCAUUUCGAAACAGCUGGUGGAACAGUGGUGGAGGGUGACACAGACGUUUCUGGGUAUCUGCAGAGCUUGUGGUGCUUCCUGAGGCGCUGCAGUAUCCAACUGAUGGAGCUCAGGCACCUCUGCUGCUGGAUUAGCUUUCUGUUUGGAGAACAGGACGAUGACAUGAUGGAAGCAGCCAGAUCAUUACUCUCCAUAUUCCUCAAACACAGAUUGUGUUCAGGGCUGGAUGACGUUGCUAUGUUGGAGGCAGCCUGUGAAUCUGGCUGCAACCCUCACUGCCACUUCGUAAUUCUGCUCCAGAGCAUCUCCUUUGACCACAGCAUCCUCCUCGACUUCCUCAUCUCCACCGAAACCUGCUUUCUGGAGUAUUUCGUGCGGUACCUAAAGUACCUCAGGGGUGACUGGCAGGGCUUUGCUGCAUCAUGUGUCUCCAUCAGUGUGUCAGACUCACUGCAGCAGUCACUCACUGCUUCAUGUGGUGGUGAUGAGAAGCCUGCACUGACAUACAAAGCUGAGCCAAAUAAAGCUGGAUUCAGUUCCUGUGUCCAACCCACAGCUGUUAAUCCACCUGCGGAGCCUCGCCUUGUGGAGUAUGAUACUUCUGAUGAGUCUGAAUCAGAGAACAUGGAGAUUCUGGAGGUUAAACCAGGGUCAUCUGUGUGUGAGGGAAGCAGGUUUGGUGCCAGUACUGGGCUACCAGCAUGUAUCGGCCAGAAACAGUACGAGUCAUCACCAGCAUUAAAGAGUGGACAUAACUCUACACUGGAAAAACCAGAAUGUCGGUCACAGCUGGCAUUACAAAGCAAGCCAAUGUCACACACAAACAUGGCAGACAGAGCUGUCCUCUGUUUGUCGGAGCUCAGAGAGGUGGUGACGAGGCUACAGACAAAAAAACUCUUCCCAUACAACCCUUCUUCACUCUUAAAGCUCCUUUCUCAAGUAGAGAACUGUUACCAGCAGUCCCAUCUGCCACACAGGAAUAACUGAGAAGUAAUGUGUGCUGUGUUCAGUUGUGUUGGAUGCAAGCUGCAUGUGUGAUCAAAGUGUGUGGUCAAAGAAGCAAAUACAACCCUUUUGGAAAAUGUGCCGUCUUUCCUUUGUGACCAGACGAGCCUUCUCAUCUCAGCAUUUUAACCACCUCAGUAUAUCACACCACGUUGUUUACUCAAGCACACGUGAGAUGAAGAGUUGAUCGAGUAUUCACAUUAUUCAAAAUAAAUAUUUAUAUUUAUUAGAUUUUUUUGUUAUUGUUGGAUCAUCUCUUUAAAUCCUAUAAGUGCGUAGGUCCUCAAUUUAUGUGUAAAACACAAAUACAAAUGUGUCCAUAAACAAAGCAAAUCUUUA